AUGGAGAAAAUAACUGAAAAGCAACAAAUACAGGAGUACCUUAACUCCGGACACUCUUAUAUAAAGAGACGUGAGUUUCAACUAGCAAUUGCAAACUUUCAAAUAGCUUUGGAAUUCGCUGAGGAAAUGAAAGAGACAAAAGAAAUAACCGAGGCAAAUCUUCAGUUAGGAAAUGCUUUUAAAUAUAAAUAUCAGAUUGAAGUGGCAAUUAAACACUACGAGAAAGCCUUGGAAGUUGCAGAGGAACGAAAUGAUCAAGGUCAGAUUACAAAAGCACACCUUGGGUUAGGGGAUGCUUAUAGAUUGAACCAUCUGACUCAAACGGCAAUUCAACACUAUGAGAACGCCUUGGAAAUUACAAGAAAACAAAGAUAUAAACAAAAGAAAACAAACGCAUAUCUUGGGUUAGGAGAGGCUCAUAUAUUGAACAAUCAGAUCCAAAAGGCAAUCGAAUACUUUAACAAAGCCUUGGAAAUUGCAAAUGAACAAGCUGGAUAUAAAAUAAAGGAAACUAAAGCAUACCUUGGGUUAGGACAUGCUUAUAGAUUGAACAAUCAGAUUCAAACGGCAAUUCAGCGCUAUGAGAAAGCCUUGGCAAUUGCUGAAGAAAGAGGAUAUAAACUACAGGUGACUAAAGCAUACCUUGGGUUAGGAGAUGCUUACGGAUUGAACAAUCAGAUUCAAAAGGUAAUUCCACUCUAUGAGAAAGCCUUGGAAAUUGCAAAAGAACGAGGAUAUGAACAAGAGGAAACAAACGCAUGCAUUGGGUUAGGCGAUGCUUAUAGAACGAACAAUGACAGUCAAACGGCAAUUCAGCACUAUACAAAAGCUUUGAAAGUUGCAAUAGAACGAGGAUAUAAACGAGAGGAAACCAAAGCAUACAUUGGGUUAGGAGAUGCUUAUAUAUUAAACAAUCAGAUCCCAACGGCAAUUCAGCACUAUGACAAAGCCUUGAAAAUUGCAAAAGAACCGCGAGGAUAUAAACUAGAGGAAACGAAAGCAUACCUUGGUUUAGGACAUGCUUACAGAUUGAACAAUCAGAUUCAAAAUACAAUUGAGCACUAUGAGAAAGCCAUGAAAAUUGCAAAAAAACGAGAACAUAAACUAGAGGAAACAAAUGCAUGCCUUGGAUUAGGAGAUGCUUACAAAUUGAACAAUCAGAUUCAAAAGACAAUUCAGCACUAUGAGAAAGCCUUGGAAAUUGCAAAAGAACGAAGAUAUAAACGACAGGAAACCAAAGCAUACCUUCGGUUAGGAGAUGCUCACAUAUUAAACAAUCAGAUUCCAACGACAAUUCGGCGCUAUGAGAAAGCCUUGGAAAUUGCAAAAGAACGAAGAUAUAAACAAGAGGAAUCAUGCGCGUACCUUGGGUUAGGAAAUGCUUAUAGAUUGAACGAUCAGAUUCAAAAGGCAAUGGAAUUCUAUGACAAAGCCUUGAAAAUUGCAAAAGCCCAAGGAUAUAAACUAGACGAAACACGCGCGUACCUUGGAUUUGGAGGUGCUUAUAGAUUGAACAAUCAGAAUCAAAAGGCAAUGGAAUACUAUAAAAAAGCCUUGGAAAUUGCAAAAGAACGAGGAUAUAAACAAGAGGAAACAUGCGCGUACCUUGAGUUUGGGGAUGCUUAUAGAUUGAACAAUCAGAUUCAAACGGCAAUUAAAUACUUUGAGAAUUAUGCCUUGAAAAUUGCAAGAAAACGAAGAUAUAAACGAGAGGAAGCCAAAGCAUACCUUGGGUUAGGAGAUGCUUAUAGAUUAAACAAUCAGAUUCAAACGGCAAUUCAACACUAUGAGAAAGCCUUGAAAAUUGCAGAAAAACGAGGAUAUAAACAAGAGGAAACAAACGCAUAUCUUGGGUUAGGAGAUGCUCAUAAAUUGAACAAACAAUUGAUUCCAACGGCAAUUCAGCACUAUAAGAAAGCCUUGGAAAUUGCAAAAAGACGAGGAUAUAGACAAGAGGAAACAAACGCAUACCUUGGGUUAGGAGAUAGUUAUAGAUUAAAAAAACAUAUUCAAACGGCAAUUGAGCACUAUGAGAAAGCCUUGAAAAUUGUGAAAAAACGAGAAUAUAAACGAAAGGAAACGAACGCAAACCUUGGGUUAGGAGAUGCUUACAGAUUGAAAAAUGAUUUUCAAGUGGCAAUUCAGCACUAUAACACAGCCUUAGAAAUUGCAAGAGAACACGGAUAUAAACAAGAGGAAACCGAAGCACACAUUCGGUUAGGUCACGCUUAUAGACAGAACAAUGGGAUUCAAACGGCUAUUCGGCACUAUGGGGAAGCCUUCGAAACUGCAAAAGAACAAGGACAUAAACGUCUGGAAAAUGUGGCAAAAAAUGCAAUUGAAAAUUUGUCAAAAAUUAUAGGUAAGCUUAGGUAAAGAAUCUCUGAUAUUGAGUAUCAGGUUGAUGUAAGAUUUAUAGUAGAUAUAUUUGAAAAAUAGAAGGUGACUUCAAUCUGCAUGGCUGGCAUGCUUGACAUUGCAAUUCUCAAAUUCUCUCCAAAUUAAUAAAAAUGUGGAUAGAGCUACCCAUGAACAUCUUGGAGCAAAUCUGUUUAAUUAAUGUUUAAUGUUAACACAAAGGUAACGUUUAACAUUUGUAAAGAGCCUCUGUUAUUAUUAUUUAUUUUCCAAAACGGCCACACCUCAGUAUAGUGAGGAUUUUCGAUUUUUGGGUUUUAAAUAAACUCAAGCAGUCAAUGCGAGACUAGUCGAGAGAAACUAACUGCGGUUAUUAAGACAAUCUGAUAACUCCAACGAGCAUUAAGAUAUUAUUUAUUCUAUAUUUUGUCUUUUUUCAAAACGUAGAUUGACAACUAGAUUGCUGGGAAAAAAACAAUAAAAAACCCCGAAACACCGAACAGAACACGGCCAGGGCCGUCCUCAGGGAAUUCUUCAGGGGGGGUGUAAGGUCAUUUCAACCAACCAGUACCUGAAAAAAAUUUUUGGAACAAAUUAUUUUUGGUGAUUCCCCCCCCCCGAAAAAAAUUCGGUCAGUGUACCAUUUUCAACAUGAGCUCCACCUUUGAAUUUACUAUAUGAGUAAAUUCUUAAACACGUCCGAAUUUAUCAUUAUGAUAAUAUGCGAUUCGCGGCACAUUUUCAAUUUAUCAAUAUAGUUAAUCAUAACACCACAAGCACUACACAUUUCUUGUUAUAAAUGUAAUGGCACUAAAAAGGAGGCCGGACGCGCAGGGGUGGGGAGUUUUUCAAGUUUUUCAAAAAUUUGAAAAGCAAGAAAAGUUUAAAAAAUUAGAUUUUUAAAAAGUUAAAAAAUUAAAAAAAAUUAGGGGUUAGUGGUUAGGGUUAGGUGCCGCGAAUUUAUUAUUACGAUAAAUUCAAAAUUUGCCGCGAAUUUAUCAUAAUGAUAAAUUCGGACGUGUUUAAGAAUUUACUCAUAUAGUAAAUUCAAAUGUGGAGCUCAUGCUGACCAUUUUAGGGGUACAAAAAUUUUUCCGGACAUAUCAAAAUUUUUCGGAACAACAAACAAAUUUUCCAGACAUCACAAAUUUUAUCCAUUUAUCAAAAAAAUAUUUCUAAAAUUCCGAAAAUUUCUAGAAUAUUCGAAAUGUUUGUAAAUAUACAUCAUUUUUCCAAAUUCAUAGUUAUUUUUGUAAAUUAACUUUCUCUUGUCCUACCGAUUGAAUAGCAGUCCUGCAGUCCCCCCCCACACCCACACCCCCGUAUUUCCGGCCUGAGAACACCCAAGAGUAUCACAAAAUGCCAUAUAAAAUAUCGAACUAAUAAACCUUUGGAAAACGCUUAAAAACUAGUUAAAUAUUAAUUAUAAAAAUAUAUUUUACGUAUAUUGAAAAGUUAUAUUUUAUAAAUUUAAUAAAAGUGCGUAGAAAGAGAAUGUAGACAAACUAUAUCUUUUUCAAACAUUCUAUAGAAGGCCGAAAUGAAAAGGCCAAAAGUUCAAAAAAAGCUCAAAAGUUUGCAAAGAAUACCAAUACAGGUACUUGUUAUAUAUUGCUAUAUUUUGUGAAAACACAACUUUAUGUACAACAGUCCGAAUCGUCAACAGUGUAAGUUAGACGAUAUUCAGUUGCUGCAUACUCCGUCAGUCCGGUUAACAAGCUGUCUCCAACCGUUUAAAUUUUAGUUUAAGGUAUUUGUCUUGUUUUAUCUCUUGUAUAGAGAGCCUGGGAUCGUGGAAAUGGGAAAAGAGAUCGAUAGUUCAUCGAGAGAAGUUCAUUAAGCUGCUGCAAUAUGGGAAAGACUAUCCGGACGAGAUCAAGGACGUUAACGGAGUGCGCGUUUGUUGCUCAGAGGAGUUUCUCAUCGGGAAGGGAAGUGAUGGCACUCGAGUCUAUGUAGGAUUAGGCAAAGAUGGAUACGAAAAAGCCGUAAAACGUUUGCCAAGAGAUGCUUGCGCUGACGAAGCUAAACAAGAAAAGAAAGUUUUGAACGAACUUAAUGCAACUACGUCAAACUAUGUUGUAAAUUAUUGGUUUUUAGACGAACAAUGCGAUAAGGAUUACUUCUUCCUAAUCUUGGAUUUAUGCGAGGAAACGUUAGCAAAUUUUGUUGCUGGUAACAGUUUGGACAAUCUAGAAACAAUUGCGCCAGAUAUAAUUCGGCAAGUUUUGAAAGGAUUGGCUGAUCUCCAUCGCUAUCCAAUGCCCGUUUUACAUCGUGAUUUGAAACCAUCCAAUAUCUUGCGAGAUGUCGACGGCAAUUGGUUGCUGGCCGACUUUGGUAUCAGUCGUAUCUUAACGGCAGAUGUCACUACCCAUCCAAGUGAACAGAGGGGAACAGAUGAUUGGAGAGCCGUUGAAUCUUCAUAUCAUUCAAAUUGCAUGACCGGCAAUAGCGAAGUUCGUUAUAAGAAAGAAUCUGAUAUUCAGGUAGGGUUUCGUUUGUGUUAACCACGAAUUAAAGUAAAUAAGUAUAGAUUUUACAUUGCUUUCAAAAGAAGAUGGCAUAACUCAUGGCAAAAGAAGAUGGUGCAUGCACAACAAAGACUUGAGGGAUAAGACGCUGCUUGAUCUUCCGAAGGUGAACAGUGCAAUAGGUCAAUCUACUUUCAAGUAUGCUGGUGCUAAAGACUGGAACUCUCUACCAUUAAACAUUAGAGAAUUGAUAUCACUCUCAAAAUUUAAACGUACUGCUUACGCGCAUCUUUUAGAACUUGACAACAAUUCCCAUAUUUGUAGUAUUUAGGAUGCAUGUUUAUAUUGUAUACAUGCAAUCGUUGAUAAUUGUAAUCACUGUUCUCCCGUUAACACCAGCAGCAUUGCUGAUGGGAUUUUUAACAGUUUAAAUAAAGUAUUUAUUAUUAUUAUUUAGCUCCAACGAGUACUACGGGGCACAGUCAUAGAAAAUUAAUAAAUAUAGACUGCGUAGUUGAUCACGAACUAUGCUUCCAUUUUUAGCAAUGAGUGUACUUAUAAAUCCGCCAUAUUGAAUUCGACCAGGAGUGUGUAAGUUCAGCACAAUCCUGUCCACUAACAUCGCAAUCAAAUAAACAAAUUUUUUAGUAAAGCCGAUGUUUAACCAAAAUUAUUUUAUUCUUUCUAAAGCUGAAAUAAACUAUACAUUUUUCUCAACGAAAUAUUUUUAAACCAGGUUUUAUAAUUUAAAACAUAAUUUUCACAGCCUUUGAAAAUUUGACAUCAGUAAUAUGUUUUAAAACUCGGUCAUUAAAGGUGUCCAAUAAACUUUUUGGCAUCAUACAUUUUGCAUUGGUCUAUGCUAUGUCACAAUUUUCAUGAAAACAUGAAAAUUAUUUUUUUCGUACCUGAAAGACUAAUUAGUACAGUUUGCUUUUGUCAUAUUUAGGUAGCCGGAAUGGUGGUAUUCUACAUUGUGACAAAAGGUCAACAUCCCUUUGGAGAAGAACGAUUCCGACUUGACAACUUACUUAAAGGUAAACCAAUUGGCUUGGAUACUCUGAAAAAUCCUGUCUUGAAAGAUUUGUUAUCCUGGAUGCUGAGCCACGACCCUAAAGAUAGACCUUCUGCUGAAGACGCGCUAAAACACCCUUACCUUGAGUCCGCCAAACAGCAAUUUGAAAUGUUGUGCAAAAUGGGAAAUCAGCCUGAGAUCAAGACACGGGAUGUCAGAUCAGAUGUCGUGCGAAUGUUGAAUAGCGAUCCCAAAGAUUGGAGAUCUCUGAUGAAUGCCGAUGUUCUGCAGUAUUUAAGCACUGAUCCUUUGAAGGGGAAAACAUUUCAUUAUAAGCCGUCGUGGACGGACUGCUUGCGACUUAUCCGAAAUGUCAACGAACACUGGCAUGACCGUCCAAGGCCGCGACCAGAACUAUUCUAUUUAGUGGAUGAUCCACAAGAGUGCUUCCUUAACCUUUUCCCCAAUCUUUCUGUCGAGGUGCACAGAAUUGUGAGGUCAUGUGAUUGGAAAGAACGACCUGACCUUAAGGAGUACUUCAUGUAAGAUACGCGAAGUUGUUCCAUACGGGAUAGGCAUGCACUGGUCUGAAAACUAGCCUGGAUAGUGCAACUGUUGUGUAUAAAUGAAACCAGUGGUAACUAACUGAAUAGUGUUUAAAACUUUCUAAAACUCUUUAGGAAAAGUACGGAAAACGUAACGAAUAGAUUAUUACGAAUUAUAGCAACUUUGGUGGGCGUUGUAGCGUGUUUUGGGGAUUUUGUUGGGGGCAUUGUGGCUAAAAUGAAUUUUAAAUUGUUUGGCCUGUCGGAAAUGUUUUGAUCGAGCAGGCCUGGGCAAGUUUUUUUUGUAAUUUGUAACGGCA